GCAGAGACAAAAGCACCACCUGUGAAACACAAGCUCUGAGGACUCUCUACAGGACCGGGCAUCCAUCGGCAAAUGGUCACCUCUCAGACAGCGCUUUGACCAGAGGCUUUACAGUUUCUGCACAUCAUGGGCUCAGGCCUGCUGUAAGAUGACCACCCCCAGCAAUCCCGAUCAGCUGGUCCUUUCUAACGGCUUGCACCCGGAUGAAUACAAAAUCGCAGCCCUGGUCUUCUACAGCUGCAUCUUCCUGAUUGGAUUAUUUGUUAAUGUCACUGCAUUAUGGGUUUUCAGCUGUACGACCAAGAAAAGAACCACAGUAACCAUCUACAUGAUGAAUGUCGCCCUACUGGACUUAAUAUUCAUACUAAGUCUACCCUUUCGGAUGUUUUACUACGCCAAGGGUGAAUGGCCAUUUGGAGAGUACUUCUGCCACAUUCUUGGGGCUCUGGUGGUGUUUUACCCAAGCCUGGCUCUGUGGCUUCUUGCUUUCAUUAGUGCUGACAGAUACAUGGCCAUAGUGCAGCCAAAGUACGCCAAGGAGCUGAGGAACACUUGCAAGGCCGUGCUUGCAUGUGUGGGGGUUUGGAUAAUGACCCUGACAACCACUGUCCCUCUGCUGCUGCUCUAUGAAGACCCUGAUAAAGCCUCCUCCCCUGCCACCUGCCUCAAGAUUUCUGACAUCGUCCACUUAAAAGCUGUCAAUGCGCUCAACUUUACUCGGCUCCUGCUUUUCUUCCUGACCCCUUUGUUCAUCAUGAUCGGGUGCUAUGUGGUCAUUAUUCACAGCCUCCUCCGUGGGCAGACGUCUAAGCUGAAGCCUAAGGUGAAGGAGAAAUCCAUAAGGAUCAUCAUCACACUGCUGGUGCAGGUGCUCAUCUGCUUCAUGCCGUUCCACAUCUGUUUCGCCUUCCUGAUGCUGCAGGGGGAGGAGAACAGCUACAGUCCCUGGGGAGCCUUCACCACCUUCCUCAUGAACCUCAGCACAUGUCUCGACGUCGUCCUCUACUACAUUGUGUCCAAACAAUUCCAGGCUCGGGUCAUUAGUGUGAUGCUGUACCGCAAUUACCUCCGAAGUGUGCGCAGAAAAAGCUUCCGAUCCAGCAGUUUACGGUCACUUAGCAACAUGAACAGUGAAAUGCUAUGAGUCAGAGCCAGCAACCUGUCUUUACUCUCUUUAAAACUCUUUUUCUAUCUACUCUUGAGUGAACCAGCAUUCUAUAUUAUCCAGUCCCUUCUCUGGCAAAAAAAAAAAAAGAAAGAAAGAAUAAUAAACUUUAAAAACUUCUGUGGUACUUUAUUAUUCCAGCAACAUGACUAAAUACUGAGUA